AUGGCGUCAGCAGCGACCAACAGCGAGUCCGUCGCCGACAAGUACAGCCUCUUGCCGCAGAUGAUGCCGCACUUCGACCGUCACCUGCUCUACCCGCUGCUCAACUUUCCCCCGCCCGCCGAAGAUGAGGAGCAGCCCAUCGAGAAGCAGAAGGUCCUCUUCGAGCUCCUCAAGCCCACCUACAUGACCGGCUACGUCGGCCAACUCGCACAAAACAUCAACAACCUCGACCAGAUCCCCCAGGAAUACUUACAGAAGCAGGAGCAGGAGAAGCAGCGACUUGCACAGCUCGAGGAGUCUACGAGCAAGCUCAUGGAGCUUUUGACCGACGAGACUGUGCUUGGCAGCCUGCGAAGCGACAAGCAGCAGAACUUGGCCUUUUUGGAGAAGGAGCAUGGCGUGACUGUGCAGAUGGUGGAGCAGCUCUAUGAGGAGGCACAGUUCAAGUACGGCUGCGGGCUGUACGGCGAUGCCGCCGACCUGCUGACGCGUUACCGUAUCCUGACUACCGACAACGACAAAGAGCGUGAAGCCACCUGGGGAAAGCUUGCUUGUGAGAUCCUCUCCACUGAGUGGGAAUCUGCUAUCGCGGAAAUUGAGAAGAUCAAGGAGCUCAUUGACGGCCGUCUUAUGUCCAACCCGCUCGCCCAGCUGCAGCAGCGCACUUGGCUGAUUCACUGGUCGCUCUUUCCGCUCUUCAAUGACGAGCAGGCCCGCGAAAAGAUCACCGAGACUUUCUUCCAACCCGCCUACAUAAACACCAUCCAGACAAACUGCCCCUGGAUCCUACGAUAUCUCGCUACCUCCGUCAUCACCGCGCGUAACGCUGGUCGCAACCAGGGCGCGUACCAGAAGCAGUUGAAGGAUCUGAUACGGAUAGUGCGACAAGAGGGUUACGAGUACAGCGACCCUGUCACGGACUUCAUCAAGGCGCUAUACAUUGACUUUGACUUCGAGGAGGCACAAAAGAAGCUCAGCGAGUCGGAACAGAUUUUAGAGAACGACUUCUUCUUGCUGCAGUCUGCUGGUCCUUUCGUCGAUGCCGCCAGGCAUCUCAUCUCUGAGAGCUACUGCAAGAUUCACCAGAGAAUCGAUAUCAAGGACCUCUCCACCCGUCUCGGCCUUUCGCAAGACGAGGGUGAGAAGUGGAUUGUUAACCUCAUCCGGGACACACGAGUAGACGCAAAGAUCGAUUAUCAAGCCGGCACAGUCGUCAUGAAUCACCCGCCGCAAUCAGUCUACCAGCAAGUCAUCGAGCGGACGAAGGGCGGCUUCUUUAGGACCCAAGUUUUGAGCGCGGCGGUCGCGAAAUGA